AUGGAGCUCGCCUUGGAUGAGGAGGGCGCCCAGGUGACUGCCGUGACCUCGUACGAUGCGAGCUUCCCGCCGGUCAACAUCUUGGACGGAGAGCAAUCGUCCAAGUGGCUGACGACGGGCAGUUUUCCGCAGGAGAUCGUGGUUCAGCUCGCCACGACGGCCUCAGUCGUCCGUGCCAAGAUGUGGACGCGGAAUGCCAAGGAGAUGUCAGUCGAGUCCUGCAGCGGCCCGACGCCGACCAAGUGGGAGAAGCUCUUCGAUACCAAGUUGAAGGAGUCGGACGGCGAGAUGCAGAUCGUGAGCGAGAACGUCAAGCCGACGGACGCGUCCUUCAUCAAGUUCAAGAUCCUCUCCGGCUGGGACGACUUCGUGGCGGUGCAUCGGGUCAGCGUGGAAGGCUCCACGUCACGGCGAUAG